AUGGUUUGGGACAAUUAUUGCGAAGUUCCGCAAGAGGUCAUUAGGGCGCCUUUGUUCGUGUCUAUAACAAUGUUUACAGACCUGCUGCAACGUUCACCUGAAAAAUCAAUUGCUAUAUUUAAUGCACAGAAGAGGGUCUCUCACAUCAGACCGCAAAAUUCCCACAAUUUCACUUCACACUCCAAAAACGUCGCCUCCAGCAUCCGCAUCACCAGAGUGGACGUGCCGCCCGCCAUCGAGGUCGGGUCACAGGGCGACCUCGACUGCGCGUGGGACGAGGGUCAGGACCAGAUGUAUUCCGUCAAGUGGUACCAAGGAGCCAACGAGUUCUACCGCUACACACCUGCGGCCAAGGACCCCAUCCAGAUCUUCGAUUUGGUCUCGCUGGACGUCGAUCGCCAGAAAUCGUGGGGCGGGACCGUGCGCAUCGCCAACGUGACUCUCGCCGCUGGCGGGCUGUUCCACUGCGAGGUCUCCGCCGAUGGACCGACGUUCCACACUGCCUCCGACUACGCUACGCUCAAUGUGGUUGACCUCCCUGACGGCGCCCCUGUGAUCACCGGGCUGAGGAGCAGCUACGUAGCGCGGGACUGGGUGGAUCUCACGUGCACCUCCAGGCGAUCCAAGCCGGCACCGAAGGUCUCUUUCAGGAUCAACACGGAAAUGGCGGCCCCAGAGUGGCUGGAGCCGCAGGUGGACACCGUGGACAGCGCCGGCCUCACCACCUCCUCGCGGCGGUUGCGCUUCUACCUCCUGCCGGAGCUCCUGCGGGAUGGGGACGCCCGCCUGCAGUGUAUCGCCGAAAUCCCGCAGAUAUAUCGCCAAGUAACGGAGGACCUUCUGAGCACACGCCCGCCGUACCAGGCCUCCGUGCUGGACGCCAGCGCCGCGUCAGGGACUCGUAUAGGAUCGUGGUUGCAGGUCACGCCCAUCCUCUCGGCUCUUCUCCUCGCUUCAGCCGCCCACUGCCUUCUACUUUAA